AUGGAGGCUUUUGCAUUGUGUAAGGGAUUAUUGAAUCCGAAAACCUUUAACAAGUUCAGUUUUCUAGUAAAUGUUCUUUGGAUUGUAGCUGGGAUCACAUUGUUAGGAGUACUGUUAAUCAAAGAAUCGAGGUCUGACUUCCACUGUGAUGUGAACAAUGCUAAAGUCGACAAGGACUUCGACACUCAGAAGUGUUUCGUGGAAUAUGAGAAGCUAUACAACAAGCUGUCUGUUCCUUUUUACGGUUUUGUUAUUGCUAACUUCUCUUUUCCUUUUAUUGUUUGCGUGAUAUAUUCAAUAUGGGCGACGCCAAGAGUAAAGAAACUUGAAAGCGGAAAUAUAGAUGCUAACACAACUCAAAGAAAACUCUUUAUUACGUACUGUUGUCAACUUGCCACUAGAUUUUGUGUCGGGAUUGUUUUUAUCCUCCUUCUAUUAAAUGAAGUCUUUUAUCCUCGUGAAUUUCCGUUAAGCUUCCAGUGUAACUUCAUGAGAGAAGUCAAUCAAUCAGCGAAUACGACUGGGGCAGCACAAACUCCAACGUACGAAUGCAACAAUAAGCGAGCUGAUUUAAAAACCUUUUUGACGUAUGUCGUAAGUGGGGUGAAUGGAAUUGUUGCAGUUCUUCAUUUAAUUGAGAUUUUCGUUAUUUUGUCUCGGGCAAGAAAAUGGGGAAAACGUUUCAUGACUGACUUACAGUUCUAUACUGAUCAUCUUACAUCUACCGGUAAUUACAAUCACCUGGAAGAGCCGGACGUGCAGCUUGAGGAAGGAUCACACGGAGAAUGUUCAGCCAGGACUCCUCCUCGUUCAGCUCAGUUGGAAACUUCUAUCAAUUCCAUGAAGGAAAGUGUCUUGAAGAACACCGAUCGACUUACAGACCUCUCGUCACCCUUGAAACCGAAACCGGGUGAAGGUGAUAAACCUAAAGAUCUUAAACUCGACCAAAUUUACACUAAUUUAAUUUUUCAUCCUGGAAGAGCUUAUUAUCACUUUCCUAAAAACCGGCGGGAACAGCUAAAAGUGUACCCCAAACCAGAGACAAAAUUACCACCAAACAGACCCGGAGACAUUGUUGAUGAUCUGCACAAGAAUAUUCUAAUCGUUGGUCGCCCUGGAAUCGGCAAAACAUUGUUUUGCACGAAGUUUUUGCGUCUUUGGGCAAGCGACCGCUUAUUCGAGGAAGCGCAAAAUCCAGAAUUACGAUUUGACGUUGCUUUCCUCGUUAAAUUUAGGAGACUGAACUUUACUGCUAAGCUUAACCUACGAGAACUAUUGGAUUACUCAGAAUUUUCACCAAAUAUGACUGAUGAGGUAUGGCACUACAUUCUUGAAAACCCAAGCAAAGUACUUUUUAUUUUCGAUGGAAUUGACGAAUACUCUGCAAGGAAGGAAAUACAAGAGGAUGACUCUAUUUAUAGAGACACCGUGGAAGAAAAAAUGCCUUUGCAUGCAUUGUACACGAAGAUUACGUCGGGAAAACUUCUUGAUGGAGCUACUGUAUUAACGACUACAAGACCUACUUCUGUAUCAUGCGUAAGAGACCCUGACCCUAGCAGAGUAAUUGAAAUUCUUGGAUUUUCAUCAGAGCAAGUGAAAAACUAUGUGGAGAAGUUCGCUGGGGAUGACAAAGGUGCAGGAGGAAGGAUAUGGGAUCAUAUCAGCACCAACCUUAACCUCUUUUCGUUGUGUUAUAUUCCUGUCAACUGUUUCAUCAUUUGUUCGUGCCUGCUUUUCAUUCUAAAGACCCAAUUAACUUCAUUUUCCACUGAUGCUUUUGUAAGGUCAGCAACUACACUCACUCAAAUAUACAGCUGCGCCGUAAAGCUUAUAUUCUUCAGGCACAGUAACAGAUACCGCAAUAAGACUGUAGGCCAGGACGAAAUUACGACACCAUUCGAAGAGCUGCCUGAAGAUGUGAAAGGGGAUUUUAAGAAGCUGGGAAAAAUUGCUUUUAAAGGAAUUAAAGAAGGAAGAUUAACCUUUGAAUCAGAAGAAGUUAUGACCCUAGAGGAUUGUGGCCUACUUCAUCAGUUGCCUGAUUUGAAACCAGAGGCGAAGCGACCCCUCGAAAAACCCAAAGCUCAAUACUGUUUCCAGCAUCUGACCAUCCAAGAAUUUUUCGCAGCAAAGCAUGUGGCAGACACAUUAAAAGAAGUAGAACUGCGAGAAUUUGUUUCAAGUCACAUCACGGACGGUGCAUGGCAAGUAGUGUUGCAGUUUGUGGCUGGGCUUCUCAGUGACCGAGAAGAACCACUGACCGAUAUUUUUACUAACCUUCUGCCAGUGUCAACGUAUGAGGAAGAGGAACAGGAACUGGACCCGAGCAUCGUAACCUGUUGGCCAAGUAAGGAAGACGCACAAUUAGCGUUAACGUUAUGUCACUGCUUAUACGAGAUCGAUGCAGACGAUUCAGCCGUACAAAACAAAGUAAGAGAGAUUGAUUUCAACGCUGUAGUGUUAAAGUACUGUCGACUAGGACCUGUUGAUUGUGCUGCAAUAGUCAAUUUUCUUAAAAAGCAUAACGAAAUUUUAAUGAUUAACUUGAGUGGUAACAAGAUUGGCUGCCUCGGUUGCAAAGAAAUAAGCAAGUUUUUAGAGUCUUCUACGAGUGUCAGUGAUGGUAACUGCAAACUUAACAGCUUAAACCUCAAUCAUAACUUAGUAACAGAUGAAGGAGUAAAGUAUUUGGCUAAAGCUUUGAAGCACAAUAAUUGCAAACUAGACAGCUUAAACCUCGCCGAUAACGAAUUAACUAAUGAAGGAGUAAAGUGUUUGGCUGAAGCUUUGAAGGAUAGUAAUUGCAAACUCAAAAGCUUAAACCUCGCAGGUAACGAAUCAGUUACCGAUGAAGGAGUAAAGUAUUUGGCUGAAGCUUUGAAGGAUUGCAAACUAAACAGCUUAAUCCUCUGGCAAAACAAUGUAACCGAUAAAGGAGUAAAGUAUUUGGCUGAAGCUUUGAAGGAUAGUAAUUGCAAACUAAAAAGCUUAAACCUCGCCGGUAACGAAUUUACCGAUGAAGGAGUAAAGAAUUUGGCUGAAGCAUUAAAGCACAGCAAUUGCAAUCUAAACAGCUUAAACCUCACCGGUAAUGAAUUUGCCGAUGAAGGAGUAAAGUAUUUGGCUGAAGCUUUGAAGGCCGGUGAUUGCGAAUUAAAAAGCUUAGACCUCGCCUGUAACAAAUUAACCGAUGCAGGAGUAAAGCGUUUGGCUAAAGCUUUGAAGGAUUGCAAACUAAACAGCUUAAUCCUCUGGCAAAACAAUUUAACUGAUAAAGGAGUAAAGUAUUUGGCUAAAGCUUUGAAGGAUAGUAAUUGCAAACUAAAAAGCUUAAACCUCUGGCAAAACAAUGUAACCGAAGAAGGAGUCAAGAGUUUGGCUGAAGCUUUGAAGAAUAGUAAUUGCAAACUCAACAGCUUAAACCUCGCCGGUAACGAAUUUACCGAUAACGGAUUAAAGUAUUUGGCUGAAGCUUUAAAGGAUAGUAAUUGCCAACUAAACAGCAUAGACCUCUGGCAAAACAAUGUAACCGAUGAAGGAGUAAAGUAUUUGGCUGAAGCAUUAAAGCACAAUAAUUGCAAACUAAAGAGUUUAAACCUCACCAAUAACAAAUUAACCGAUGAAGGAGUGAAGUAUUUGGCUGAGGCUUUGAAGGACGGUAAUUGCAAAUUAAACAGCUUUGACCUCGCCUGCAACAAAUUAUCUGAUGAAAAAGUAAAGUCUUGGGCUGACACUUUGAAGGAUAGU